CGCCGGGAAGGGGUUUCAGUGCACAACAUCAAUUGAUCAGAUAACAGCACUUGCCAAGGAAUGAUCGUGGACCAAGGGGGGGUGGGGGAGAAUGGUAAGCACAAACAGCACUGCCGCUGUGUGUGCGUGUGUGCUGUUCUGCUAUUUGGACGAAAAGAGAACCUUCACUUCAUUCUCUCUCGCAGUUUAAAGCACAAGUAGGAUAAGCCCGGCUCGAAACGCAUAAUUCAAACAGAAAAAAAAAGUCGCCGGUUCCUGUCGUGCAUUCAAACGGCGGAGUAGGGGGAAUAUGUCCAAAUGUGAGGUGGGUUUCAUUUCCCUGCUGGCAAGACCUCCGCUACUCUUUUUCACCAAUCUCUUUUCUUGGAAAAAAAGAAAGCUGUAAUACUUUUUUCUUCUUUUAUUCUUUUUCAACCAUGGCUGUCAAAUUUUAUACCCGAGACGAAGUCGUCAGCCACAACACACCAGAGUCCUGCUGGGUCCUCUACAAGGGUAAUGUCUACGAUGUCACCGAAUUCAUCCAAGAUCAUCCUGGCGGCGACGACUUGAUUCUCGAUUACGGUGGUAAAGAUGUCACAGCAAUCAUGAAAGAUGAGCUCGAGCAUGAGCAUUCGGAGGCAGCCUAUGAAAUUUUGGAAGAGUAUUGUAUCGGUGUCCUUGCACCUUCUUCCGACAACAAAGCUUCAACGACCCCAAAAACCACAACAGCGACAUUAAAUGGAGCAGACGAAGAUUAUGCCAGACCCGAUUUCCACCCUUCCGUAACAGACCUCGCACUCGAUAUCAAGAAGCAUCAGUUCUUGGACCUGCGCAAACCGUUAAUUCCCCAAAUGAUGCGAGGUAACUUUACCAAGGAAUUCUACCUGGAGCAGGUGCACAAGCCCCGGUACUUGCCUGAGCCUGCACAGUUCUUUGGCCACUGGCUGUUGGAGCCGCUGAGCAAGACAGCAUGGUGGGUCAUACCGGUGUUUUGGUUACCCGUCGUCGCCUACCAUUUCAAGGUGUCGUUCGACAGUGGUAUGCCGCUGGCCAGUGUGCUGUCAUUUGGUCUUGGAAUUGCUAUCUGGACCUUGCUCGAGUACGGCUUGCAUCGCUUUUUAUUCCAUGUCGACGAUUAUCUUCCCGACAACCAAAUCGCAUUUACUCUGCACUUUACUCUGCACGGUUUCCAUCAUUAUCUUCCUAUGGAUAGAUUACGACUUGUCAUGCCGCCUACAUUGAACGUAUUCAUUUCAUAUCCAUUGACUCGACUCGGCCACGCCUUGUUUCCACCGGUGAUAGCAUACGGUGUGAUUGCAGGUGGCUUCUUUGGCUAUGUGCUGUAUGACUGCGUCCACUAUUACUUGCACCACGCCAAGGUGUUUGAAUUCCACUUCAAGGAGAUGAAAAAGUACCACAUGGCACACCACUACAAGAACUUUGAUCUUGGCUACGGCAUCACAUCCAAGGUCUGGGACUACAUCUUUGGCACUGUGCUCAAGUACAAGGGCUAAAUUUCUCUCCAUCUUUUCAUUCCACAAUUCCGUUAAUCUCGUACUACUAUUUAUUGACUGCCUCUAAUAUAAUUUUCUACUACAUAUCUGUUCGCUUGUUCCAUCGCAUCAUUUUGAUUCGUUCUCUCUUCCUCAUAUAUUUUUCUCUAUCGCCUGAAUCUCCCUUCUCCGCUAGUAACAUUUUUUAUAAAAAUUAUCGCAUAUUGUUAUAGUAAUGUAAUAUUCUCUAAAUGUAAUGUCGCCUU